UUUACACUGGCCCCACUUGAAUUUUGUUUGAUGAUUUCUUGCUUCAUGAGUAGAAAAUCUACAAAAGUGGUGUGAUGUUCAAGACUGGUCCCUGAGCAUGCAAAAGCAAUUUCUAUUACUAUACAUUUAUGAAUGAGAAACUGCAGGAAUCUAAUCUGAUUUAAUGAUGGAUGAUAUGUCAAAUGUAAUCUACAUUACAAUGUGCAAAGUAUGAAGUACGUGCCUGUCGAUUUAAGAGUUCAUCCCCGAAUAUUAAAUCCGAGAAUGAUGUAUUAUAUUUAUUCCCUAGUUGAUAGUAGCUAGUAAAGUUUUUUUUAUUAUUGAUUGUAAAAAGGUCAUUGAGUUAAAGUGCAGGCAAAUAAUGAUAUGCAGCGAGUAGCUAACUAGAGACAAGGAUUGCUUAGAGAUUAGAGAGAAAGACAAGUAGGAUAUGUGUCUCCUGUAGUCCUGUUGGUAUCCCCAUUAAACUGUUAUUAUGAGGCAUUUGCACAAGAAACAAAAGAACAAGCUGUAGUAAUGAUAUAUAAAAUUGAGUGAGUAAGUCCAAGUUAAAUUAAAAGAGAUGAAAUGGCAGAUGAGAGUUGCAAUAAAUAGAGGGAGUAGAGAGGAGAGGAGAGGAGAGGAGAGGGGAGAGGGUCCAUGUAUGUAGAUGUGCAGAGUGCAGAGGGAGUCAUUAAAUAAGUUCACAUGGGUGUGGCUCUGAGUAACGAAAGAGACGUGGUUGGUGGUUCCGUGAUCCACCGCGCUCCAAAUAAAUGCGGAUUCAAGAAGAGCUUGAAGUGGAUGAGUACAGUGAAGACAGAAGCAGAGCAACACCAACUCCUCAGAAGCACCCUCCCACGCCCAUUGUCAACAAGAAUGGCAGCAAAUCCAACCACAAGAAGAAGAGGUCAGAAUCCGACUCCUCACUCAACGCCGAAGAUGCCUCCGUCUCCUGCAACAAGUGCAGGCCUCACUCCAGAGACAAAAUCUUCGUGCUCCCCAUAUUGGAUCACAACCACAACCACAACCACAAGCACCAACACUCUUCUCUCUUGGCCUCUCCCAAUGGCAUCUUCAAGUCCAUUGUCUCCAAGCUCACACGCAAGAGCCCCAUGUCGUCUUCCUCCGCCGCUUCCAGAGAAGACCAAUGGAAGCUCGCAGUGGCCGAGCUCUCUCACAAGCUGGUCCAAGCCACCAGGAAGAGAGAUGAGGCUCUCGUGGAAGCCUCCAGGCUCAUGAAAUCCAUGGCCGAGUUGGAGAAGAAGCUCAACAAACUGGAGCUGUAUUGCCACACCUUGAAAUCGGGCCUGGAAGAGUGCAGCAGCAGUAGCAACAAGGUGGUGGUUACUCAGAAUCCACAGCAAGAGACAGUGAUCCAACACUUCUUGGUGUCAGUCUCGGAAGCAAGGUCUUCAGUGAGGCUUCUGAGCCGCUCCCUGACUAUGCAGCUUCGGCACAUGGGGGGAGGAGGCAAGGUGUACGACAAGGUGUCGACGCUGCUGCAACCGUACGACAUAAGAAUCUCGUUCUCAAAGAACCCGAGAAGCCUGGUGGUGUACCUGGAGGCACUGCUGAACAGGGCAUUCUACGAGGACUUCGAAACGGUGGGGUUCAUGAAGAACGCGUGCAACCAGGUGCUGAACCCAGUGGAGAGGUGCGAGUCGAACAUGGAGUCGUUCAAGAUGGUACAGGGGCUGACAUGGGAGGAGGUUCUGAGCAAAGGCACAAGGCACUUCAGCUCGGAAUUCAGCAGGUUCUGCGACAGGAAGAUGAGCGAGAUAGUGGGGAUGCUGGGCUGGAACAGAGCAUGGCCGGAGGGGUUGUUGCAGGCCUUCUUUGGCGCAUCAAAGAGCGUGUGGAUGGUUCACCUUCUUGCCAACUCGGUGCACCCAAGCUUGUCCAUACUCAGAGUGGACAGGGCUGCGAGGUUCGAGUCGUUAUACAUGGAAGACAUGGCCGCUGACAAGUCGCACAGCCUGGUGCCCACACUGGUGAGGAUAAUGGUCGCCCCUGGUUUCUACGUGUACGGCAGUGCCGUCAAGUGUAAGGUGCUUUGUAGGUACCUCACAUCCACCCCUACCCCUUAAUUACCCUCAUCUGCUUUCUAAUUUUGUAUAUUAUUAAUUUAGAUUAGAUUAAUUAAUGAAUGAGUUGAGUAGGGUCAAAGGGGAAUUUUUGGCUUUGGACUUGAUGUCAAUUUUGUUUCAUCACAUUCAGAUUCUCAUCAGUCCUAAUCCUUCUUCGUGCGUCUGCCACGACCCGUAAUUAUAACUUGUGAUGUGAACUCACUUUCUUUUUGAA